AUGGCGGCGGAUCGGGUGGGGAGGCGCUUGGGGCGGGCGUCGCCGGCCCGCUCUACCGGCCUCUCUCCCGGAGGCAGCCGCGCGGAACGGACAGCCAGCCCAGGCAUCCAGAGGCGCCAAGCGCGGGUCACGGUUAAGUAUGACCGACGGGAGCUGCAGCGGCGCCUUGACACGGAAAAGUGGAUCGACGGCCGGCUGGAGGAGCUGUACCGAGGACGGGAAGACGAGAUGCCAGAUGAAGUCAAUAUUGAUGAUCUCCUGGAGAUGGACACAGAUGAGGAAAGGGCAAAGAAGUUACAGGGCACCUUGGAGUCAUGCCACAACAACAUAGAGGACUUCACCAGAGAGUUGCUGGAGAAGCUGAGAGGCCUCCGAACUGAACAUGUUCUCCGUCGGACAAGUCCCAGCAGCCAGAGGAACAUGGAGCAGGACCCCAAAGUCCCACAGUGACCGUGAUGCUGGAGAAUUGCUGAGCUGCUGGAAGAACUUGCUGCUGUCUCCCUGCCUACACUAGGAUGGACUGGCUCCAUGGUCUGCAGGGCGCUGGCCUCAACCACCUCCACCCUGCUGGGAAGGUCUCCCUGGCCCUUUUGAACUUCUCCCCUUUCUGGUGGAUGGCAGGCUCUGCUGGGCCCCCUCCCCACAAUAAAGUGCUCUGUCCCCCAGAAGCUCAA